UCUAAAUUACAUGACUGCUGCAGUGUACACAUUACAGUCCGGCUGAUUUGAUAUUAGGUCCAGUUAUCGUUGAGUGAUGUAAUUAAAAUCAUGUCUUCUUUUCAACAAAAGCUAGGCUCUCUUUUGAAUGGCACAGCCGUUGCUUUCGCUUUAUCUAUCGCCAAAGACACAGGAAUACUUGAGGCGCUUAUCGAUGCUACGCAACCUCUGACCUCGCAGGAAAUCGCCAAUGAAAAAAGAUUAAAGGAGAGGUAUGUCCGUGACGUGCUGGCCAGUCUAGGCACCGUGGAGCUGCUGCAGAUGACCAGUGACGAGUCUGGCAACAUCAGGUACCACCUGGCCGAGCAGGACAAGCUGACCUUGAAGUCCUCCAUGAUGGCCUUUAUUUCGUUCACCAAGAUCUUCGCCAGCGUGUAUGAGCCGGUCAAGUCAUGCUUCCCGCUCGAGGGCCCUUACGGUGUCAGGUACUCCAGCUUUGUCCAUGACGUCAUUGACGAGUUCAGCAUGUAUUCUGUGGACGGGUUUGUGGAUGGUUUUCUCAAGCACACCCAGGGGCUGAAGGAUCAGCUGGAACAGGGCAUUGACGUGAUAGAGUUUGGCAGCGGGAGGGGACGGCUAAUCGCCAAACUGGCCGCCAUGUUUCCCCAGAGCAGCUUCACCACAUCUGACGUCAGCACCGAGCUGCUGGACAAACAGCGGGCACGGUGGGGGCAUCUGCCCAACAUCCAUUACCAGGUCAAUGACCUCUGCUGUCUGCCUGAUGUCAUACCCAAGCAGUACGACUGGAUCUUCUGCGCUGACGUCAUCCACGAUCUCCCAGAUCCGCUGGGCGCCCUGAAAGGCAUCCGUCGUCUGGUCAAGCCGGGGGGCGUGUUCACGUUUAUCGACAUCGCCACGUCCGGCUCCCCGCUGGCCGACCGGGGCAGCCUGGAGGUGGCGUGCUACUACGCCGCUGGAACCUUCCUGUGUAUCCCCGAGAGCUUCCAGCAGGAGAGCAGUCAGGCCCUGGGCCCGUGCUGGGGCAAGGCCAAGGCCGUGGAGCUGGUGGGUGCCGCCGAUUUCCGUCUGGAACUUUUCACCCUAGAAGGUCUGCAGGCGCUCUACGUGUGUAGGCCUUAAACACUGCGACAGGCGCUCUACGUGUGUAGGCCUUAAACACUGUGGCAGGCGCUCUACGUGUGUAGGCCUUAAACACUGCGGCAGGCGCUCUACGUGUGUAGGCCUUAAACACUGUGGCAGGCGCUCUACGUGUGUAGGCCUUAAACACUGUGGCAGGCGCUCUACGUGUGUAGGCCUUAAACACUGCGGCAGGCGCUCUACGUGUGUAGGCCUUAAACACUGCGGCAGGCGCUCUACGUGUGUAGGCCUUAAACACUGCGGCAGGCGCUCUACGUGUGUAGGCCUUAAACACUGUGGCAGGCGCUCUACGUGUGUAGGCCUUAAACACUGCGGCAGGCGCUCUACGUGUGUAGGCCUUAAACACUGUGGCAGGCGCUCUACGUGUGUAGGCCUUAAACACUGCUGCCUGUGUUUAAGGUCUACAGGCGCAUUUACGUGUGUAGGCCUUAAACACUGCGGCAGGCGCUCUACGUGUGUAGGCCUUAAACACUGUGGCAGGCGCCCUACGUGUGUAGGCCUUAAACACUGCGGCAGGCGCUCUACGUGUGUAGGCCUUAAACACUGCUGCCUGUGUUUAAGGUCUGCAGGCGCUCUGCGUGUGUAGGCCUUAAACACUGCUGCCUGUGUUCAUCAGUGUCCAUUAGCAAUGUUUUCAUCUCCUAGCCUUAAUUGAUGUUUUUAUUUUUUUACGACUCCACACAUUUGUUUUAUGAAAUUUUAUUAGAAAUUUUAUAAAUGAUUAUAGGAGUUUCAUGAAUGUUCUUAAAAAACUGUUUUUACUUUUUUGGAGGAGUGGAUUAGUCUUUUAAAUUCCUACACUGUUUUAUUUAUACGAACUAAUUAUUUUAAAUUCUCACACACAUCCAUUGUGUGGGGUAUUGUGUGUGUGUUGCUGUGUUCGUUUUAUGCAUGACAACUAACAUCCGGUCAACAGAGCAACGUUAUGAGAUCACGUCCAACAAACGUGGAUGACAGAAAGUUUUGUCAUCAAGUCCAACAAACGUGGAUGACAGAAAGUUUUGUCAUCAAGUCCAACAAACGUGGAUGACAGAAAGUUUUGUCAUCACGUCCAACAAACGUGGAUGACAGAAUGUGAUGUCAUCACGUCCAACAAACGUGGAUGACAGAAUGUGAUGUCAUCACGUCCAACAAACGUGGAUGACAGAAAGUUUUGUCAUCACGUCCAACAAACGUGGAUGACAGAAAGUUUUGUCAUCAAGUCCAACAAACGUGGAUGACAGAAAGUUUUGUCAUCACGUCCAACAAACGUGGAUGACAGAAUGUGAUGUCAUCACGUCCAACAAACGUGGAUGACAGAAAGUUUUGUCAUCACGUCCAACAAACGUGGAUGACAGAAAGUUUUGUCAUCACGUCCAACAAACGUGGAUGACAGAAUGUUUUGUCAUCACGUCCAACAAACGUGGAUGACAGAAUGUUUUGUCAUCACGUCCAACAAACGUGGAUGACAGAAUGUUUUGUUAUCACGUCCAACAAACGUGGAUGACAGAAUGUUUUUUCAUCACGUCCAACAAACGUUUAGACCGUGGGUCAUUGUAUGGUGGACACGAUGUUUUGCAUCCUGCUCACGAUAUCCUUUACUAGCAAUGUUGACAUUCGAUGCUUGAAUUGUAAACAGAUUUGUAUCACGUGACAAACUGUUCUAUAAAUAGCCAGCUUUGUUUUGUUCUAAAAUCGAUCGGGUUGAAAAUAUUUUUUAUUUUAUAAUCAAACUGCUGAUCAGUUAUGCAAUUAGAAUUUUUAAAGUUUGAAUAAUAUAUUUGGUCAUUUUUUUUCAAGAUGUCGGCCCAAUGGCGAAAUAUAAGAGAAAUAUUAUAAGUAUCUUUUUAACAGAUUUUUUAUUUAUUUAUUUUUAUUAUUCCAUUGAUUUACUUUGAUACAAUAAAA